UGCAUCAAACAUCACAAGUCCAUACACACACAAAGCUCACCUACACUCAAACACAAACCAGAAGAGAAGAAUGAAGACACCAUACACGGCAGUGUUGGCGGCAGCGGCAGUGGUGGUGCUCCUACUGCUGACCGAAGCGGAGCUGUCGACGGCGGUGACAUGCAACCCGACGCAGCUGAGCCCUUGCGUGGGUGCCAUAACAUCAUCAUCUCCACCGUCCAAGCUGUGCUGCAGCAAGAUCAAGGAACAGAAGCCUUGCCUCUGCCAAUACCUUAGGAACCCCAACCUCAAGAAAUUCGUCAACACGCCAAAUGCCAGGAAAGUUGCCUCCACCUGCGGGACUCCCUUCCCAAAGUGCUGAAAAAAGCCUCUCGUUUUCACCAUAUGAAUGUGAAGAGAGGUGGUUUUAUUGUAGCUUCGUUGUGGGAUUAUCUUUGUUUUGAUGUCCGUAGUAAGAGCACUUAGUUUAUAUA